CGUCAUUUUCACGCAUUCACAAGGAGGGAAAGUGGGUGUGUGCGUGAGAGGAAGUAAUACUAUGUAAAAGACCAGCUUUUACGCACUGAGCGCUUGAUCAAAUACACACUCGUUCACGGAGAGUCUCGCGUGCGCACUACACACACACACGCACAGACUCACAUAACUACACAGACGCUGAAGGCGCAGUCGGAGAGUGAACCUGCGGGUUCAUGUCACUCUGAUUUCUCCAAGGAAGAGGAAUACUGAGGAACAAGAUCAGUGGGGGAAUAACAGCGACAGAGAUGGCUUUCGCGACCGUUUGGAACUACUGCGUCCCUCUCGCCUUCAUCACAGUCGCCUGCUUGGUGCGCACCGCUCGUUGUCAGGCGGUGCAGGCGGAGAAUGUGACAGUCCUGGAGGGGGGCACGGCUCAGAUCUCCUGCCGCCUGCAGAACUACGAUGGAUCAAUCGUGGUCAUCCAGAAUCCCCGCCGGCAGACUCUCUUCUUCAACGGCACGCGAGCCCUGAAGGAUGACCGUUUCCAGAUGGUGCUCUUCACGCCACGCCUGGUGCGCAUCACGUUGACCAAUGUCAGCGUUUCCGACGAGGGGGGCUACUUCUGCCAGCUCUACACGGAUGCCACGCACCACCAGGUGGCAACGCUUUCCGUUUCCGUUCCCCCUGAGACGCCCACGGUGGAGGUGAAGCAGGAGGCCGUGGAGGGUGGGGAGGUGGAGCUAUCCUGUGUGUCGCCGCGCAGCAAGCCGGCCGCCACUCUGCGCUGGAUUCGCAAUGGCCGGGAGAUUCCAGGUGUAGUGUCCCAGCAGGACAACCAAAAGACAUUUGCCGUGUCCAGCACCAUUAGGAUCCCGGUGGAAAGGAAAGACAACGGGGCUGCGCUGAGCUGUGAGGCGUUCCACCCCGCGCUGGGGGGGCAGAAGAGGAUUCGACACUACCGCCUGGAUGUGUAUUUUGCGCCCACAGUGAGAAUUGUUCCUCCUACGGGAAUCCUGCGAGAAGGUGACUCGCUCAGCCUCACCUGCUCCGUCACUGGGAACCCACUGCCAAGGAACACCCAGUGGUCAAAGAUUAAUGACACCUUACCUGAGAGGGCGGAGAUCUCUGGCCCCACCUUUCAGAUUUCCCGUCUCAGCCAAUCACAUAAUGGGACGUACCUGUGCCAGGCCCAGAACAACUACGGACGCGCUGCUGAUCAUUACACCCUACUUGUGUAUGAUAAUGUGUCAGUCACUACCAUGGCCCCUCCUCCUCCUCCUACCACCCAACAAAUCACCUCCCAUCCCACCACCCCAACCCGCCUAAUAACCAGAGCUGCCCCGGACCCAAAAGAUCCCGGUGCAGUGGUGGAGACCCACAGCGCAGUACCGUAUGCAGUGAUAGGUGGCGUUCUGGCACUGCUGGUGUUCACCGUCAUCUGCGUCCUCAUUGUCACCAUCUGGUGCUCUGUCCGACAGAAAGGUUCCUAUCUUACCCAUGAGGCCAGUGGGUUGGAUGAACACGGCGAGGUGCAGGAGGCCUUCCUCAAUGGGAACGACGCCAGCCAGGGCAAGAAGGAGUACCUACUGUAGCCCUUCUCUGUCCCUACCCCAACUACCCUCUCUAUCUUCCUUCUGACCUCAUUCCCUCUAUUUCCCUCUCCCCUGUCUCCCACCUAUAUACAGUAUACACACACACACAAACACACACCAACACUUCUAUACAAUGCGCCAUAGAAGGCAGCCUUCUGAAAACGACUGUAUACAGAUACCGCACACCGCCAGUCCAUCCCACCAGUUCAUUCCACUUCAUCUCACACACACACACACACACACACACACACACACACACAAACACACAAACACACACACAGAGACAGACUGAGAAAAAGAAAGCCUAUAGACCGACCAGCCAUUAACGUCUGUGCCAUAUAUACUGUUAGUCAGACAAACUGGGGAAAACAGAGAGUGACACAGAGAGAGAAGGUAGGAGGAGAGGCCGAGGUGAAUGCAGACAAAAAAAAUGAAAUGACGCCAUAAUUAUUUUGAUCGAGAGGGAAGCGAGGGAGCACAAAGAAAACAGGCACUCCGCCUGUGCAGCCGCCAAAGUGGAAGGGGAAUUAGAAGCAGAUGACUGCUAUAAUUCCACGCCUGGAGAAAACCAUCCAUUGCACAAAGCUCAGUCCUUAACAGGCGGAGGCAGAGGGAGCAGCAUGCAAGGGAGGGGAGGGGGAGCUGAUGAGUUGACCAAGAGCUAUUGAGCGCUGGAUGCUAGAAAAUUGAAUUUUUUUUAAAUUGCCAAAACAUCUUUCCAGCAGAGCCCGACUCAUAUUAAAUACUUUAACAACACAGGAGUGUGUUAGCGCUAAGUCCAGAGGAGUUAUCAGACUCUCUGGACAAACUAGCUCACUCUGUUUUGCAAUCCCUUCUCCUCCCUCUGUCAAUUAUUUCAGCAAAAAGAUCAGAUUUUUGCUCCUUUUUUGUGCACAUACUUCUAAUUUGGAGGUUUGCUCUCCUAUCUCUUUAAUUGACCCUCCUCCUCCUCUUCCUCCUUCCUCCCGGUUCACCUGUUACAUCCUCUCCCUUAAACCUCUCUUUCUCUCUGUCUUUCCCCCUCCCUCCCUCUCUCUAUCACUCCUCCUUUGUUGGCUCCUAAUAAUGAAAGGAUUAGUGUUGGGCUGCGUUCCUGACAACGAAGAAAUUAAUAUGACUUGCCGAGGCAUUAAAGAAAAGCUUAAUUAUUUUAGAAUGUCAUUAAAAGGAUCAAAAGGUUUAAAAGUCUUCAUAAGAAGGGCAAGAGGAGUGAUAGUGAAAAAAAAGGGAGUGAGUGAGUGAGUUAAGAAGACGGAUGGAUAUUUUUUCUGAAUGCUACCACACAUAUGCAGAUACAUGCACACAUUCAUUCGUACAGUACACAUGUCCACAGAACAAGUAUACAUAUCUCUGAAGUCCUUAUUUGUAUAAAAAAUGAACAGCAUCAUAAAUUAAAGGAAACUUUUAAGAAAUAUGAAAACAGUUUACUAUUGAUUAUUGAAACACGUUAUGAAACAAAUAUACUAACACAGAAUAUUAGCCUAUAGAGGCGCAAAGCCGAACAAACUACUGUCCAGUGAUCUUUAAAGAAAAAAGAAGAAAAGAAUAAAAAAAAUCAUUUGUCUUUAUGAGAAACCAGAGGUCUUAUUGAUUUUUUAUUAAUUAUUAUUAUUAUUUGAACAAUUAUGAUUGUUGUUAAUGUUAUUAUUAUUAUUGCCGUUGUUAUUAUUAAAAAUUGUAAAUGUUAAAGAAAUGUACACUUCCCAUGGUUUGUUUUUGGUUCUAUUGUAGAGAAAUUGCUGUCUUUUUUCACUCUUACCUUUCCUCGCUUUUCCUCUCUAUCUUUCUCUCUCUUCGUCUCCUGUGCCUAGUCGUCUCUUCUCCUGUCUUUCACUCUUGUUUAUUUUAGAGUCCAUGUGUCAUUGUUGAUAUAUAGCUAACUAUUUCUUUAUAGGGGAAAGAUACAAAGCACGACAAAAUAAAAAAGAAUCCAAAAAUAA